AUGUCAACAAUGGACGACACAUGGACCUCACCCGAGCUGAAGGUCAAAAAGCGUGGGAGAUAUGGACGGCGCGAUUAUGAACGAUUCGACCAUAUAGCCUCAUCCCACAUGCGAGCCGGCCGUGGAAGCAUUGGCAAAGUCGAGGUUGAUUGCCGCUUCAUGUUCACCAAAUCCCGCUGGGGUGUACUUGGGGAGUCACAGAACCCAGCUGGCAUAUUGUACCUCGAUCUAGACUUUCACCAACCCCCAGACUGCAAACUCGAGUCUGCAACUGUAUCUGUGAAAUUGACCGAGGAAGAUGGCGAAGACGCACGCAUUGAGCAUCGCUCCUCUUGCCCAGUCAAAUUCACCGACCAUUACGGCCCAAAACACAUCCGCGGCCGAGAAACCUUGGUCCAAACGAGAAAGCUCGUUAAUCGAACGCCAAAUGUCAACGUGUUGGGAUAUGGUGCCGGUGGGCUGGGUAUCGACAAAGAAAAGACCGUGACUGGGGGGAGUCGCUGGAACUUUGAGGGUCAUAUCUCCUCGACGAAGGGCUCGAUCUGGUACAACACUUUGAAAUGGGAGCUGAAGGAGAACACAUUCGAGUAUCAACCAUCACACAACAACCUUAUCCACACAGCCUUCGUGCUCGAGCACAAUGCGACACGGUUCUAUAUGACGGUCGAGAUUAGCGGAAAACUCUCCAAGUUCUCAGACGAGUUCAUGAAGAUGUUCAAGUUCCGUGACGGGAAAAAGGAAAUAGUUACCAAGAUUGAAUGGGCAAACGGUUACUCAUGCCCGCUCCGGCUGGAUCGAAUGGCUCGUGAGCUGCAUCUGCAGAUGGAGUACGAAAACAUGGCGAGGAUCCCGAUGGAAAUGCCCGAUGCUUUGCCAGCACACUAUCGGCCUGUGGCCACGUCUCCAAUGCCGCCGGUAUACCAUCCGCAACAGCCCAGUGUCGAGACAAUGCCACCAACGGGGAGGAUAGAGGAAGUGUCGUCGGGAAACAUCGACGGGAAUGUCAGGAUAUCACAACCGGACCGCCCUCCUCCACUUCCCGCCAGCGACUCUCUAGACAGCUUGCGAAUAGCAUCGGGGCUCAUUCCUCCGCCAGUAGCUCACGAGCAAGCCGGUCCAGAGGCAGAUCAAGUCUCGGAAACUUUGGGCUCCACCACUUGUGUAAACUCGUCCGAGGAUGCCGAUGAGGAUGAACAGAGCGGCAGCGGGAACAGUUCGAGUACUGAGAGCACGGCUGCGGAAGAAACCAAGGAGGUUAGACCACAAAAAGAUAGCCCAGUGGAUAUGGGUAACCCGGUCUCGAUAUGGCUGAGAGGCAUCAUGCUGGUGUGGUUGGCCAUGCUGGCUCGCGCAAUUGGUGCGUCAGUGGUGGAAGCAACGUCGAAUCCGAAGGUCAAGAUGAUCGAAGGCGACAAGAUCGAAAGGAGGAAAGGACCAAAAAGUGCAUUACGUUCAACAACGCCUAAAAAGGCAACAUCAACAGGAACUUGA